GGCGGAACAUUUAAACUGCUGCACAUCAACAAUUCCAAGGCGCAUGCUUUCCUCGCAGGCAAACGACCAUUCGUGUGAUUUGGCAUAUUUUACCGACACCGAGUUUAAUUCGGUGUGAAGAUUUUCUUGCAUUUAAACAAAUAAUUACAAUUCCAAAAUGAAACUGCUCACACAUAACAUGUUAACAUCGCAUGUGAAGGGAGUGACCAAAGGAUACCCACUUCUCAUCAAAGCAACAGAGGUUAAGGUGAACGAGGUGGAGUUUAACCCACAGUUCAUCAGUCGGAUGAUCCCCAAACUCGAGUGGAGUGCCUUCAUACAGGCAGCGGAAGGGCUGGGACACCUGCAGAAUCUUCCAAGCACAGUUGUUCCGGAAUUUGAGAAUAAUGAGGACUUUCUGCGAGAUGUUCACAAAGUUCUGUUAGAGGUGGAGGUCAUUGAGGGUUGUCUCCAGUGCCCAGAAUCAGGAAGAGAGUUCCCCAUUUCAAGAGGAGUUCCCAACAUGCUAUUAAAUGAAGAUGAAGCCUAACUUGAUUAGAAUAUAUCCUCUGAUAUACAAAUUAUGUUGAAAUACUUCCAAUUCAUCCCACCUAACCAUUUAAGGUCUGAACUCCUUUGGGGCCCUAUUCUUUCUUUUUGUUAUUUUGGUUUAUUUAUGUGUUUUUAUUGAGAUUUCAUAUGAUGUUCUGAAAUAAAAUAGUUUAAUGCC